ACUGUAUUUUGUGAAAUGGCGGCUGAUGGCGGAGGGUGGACGGUUUUUCAACGCCGAAUGGACGGUUCUGAAGACUUUUAUCGAACUUGGUCUGAAUACAGGAACGGCUUCGGAAAUUUGACAGGAGAGUUCUGGCUAGGCAAUGAGAAGUUGUCUCGUCUACUUAGUCAAGGUUCCUACGAGAUGAGAAUGGAUAUGGGGGAUUUUGACAACCAGACACGUUAUAUCAAAUACUCCACCAUCACUCUUGGUGACGAAGCCUCAAAAUAUGCCAUUUCACUAUCCGGCUACUCUGGUGACGUAGAUGAUUGCUUUUUGACCGGAGUACCUGCCGCCCAUCUAAACAACAUGAAGUUCAGCACAAAGGAUCAAGACAACGACUUGUACUCUCUAAACUGCGCGAUCAAGUUCAAAUCCGGUUGGUGGCACAAUGCGUGCCAUUGUUCUAAUCCAAACGGACUCUAUUUGGCGGGAAACACCACCAUAUUUGCUGAGGGUGUUGUGUACGCACCUUGGCGUACGUAUUACUACUCGCUAAAAUCCAUGCGAUUGAUGGUUAAACGGACUGCGUAAAAUGAUGUACUUGAAAUAGAUACGCAUACAUGAAGUAUUGUUAUGCACAGAAGAGUCCUAUGCAUUAUCUGAAUAAAUUCAAUGAUAGAUGUUUAGACUAUGACACUGAUUCGUUUGUUUAGGUAGGUCAGUGAUGCCCCUAAUGUGCAAUUCCUUAGAUGAUAUGACCAUUAAAAUUUUAUGAAUAUAAUAUACAUGUUGCGACACAUGGUUAUUUUGAUUUUUCAUAUGAAUCGAUAUCUUUAGGAAGUGUCAUCAAAUUUAUGUUUUUCAGUAAAUUAAUUUAAAGUUGUCUAUUUGUAUAUUUAUGGACGUACUUUGGUGUUGCGUCGUAUUGAAAUAUUAAUGCUCUUAUUCUGUAAUUUGGUGCAUAAUUAAACUACAUAUCAUGUGCUAACUAAAACAAAGGAAUCGUCAGCAUUUUUUCACCUGUAUGACUGCACAUUGUAAAAAUCUGCAAGGUGGCAGAAUGAACAUUGAAUCAAAACCUUUUUAGCGAUUUGGACUACUCAACAUUAUAUAAUUGCUGGUUUUGACAGCUGGUAUUCUGAAUGAUUAAGGUUCUGUCAUGAUGCCUGAAGGAU